AUGGAACGCCGAUCGGCUAGAUUACAAGCACGUAAACAACAACAACCAUCAAAAUCAAAGGUAAAAAAUACUGUUAAUAUUGCGCGAAAACGGAAGAAACGUCUAUCAUCUUCGAAAAUGGGCGAAGAAGCGAAUGCAGCCAACAAUCUCGCUCAACGAAUUGCUAACUUCAAAUUUCAACAGUUCGAUCCGAAGCAAGAGGGAUGGCGAUACUACUCUCAAAGAUUCUCUCUGGAACUUACGUUACAAUCCAUAGUAGAAGCUACAGACAAGAGAAAUUUGCUCCUCAAAUGCAUUGGACCAACAAUUUACAAGUUAGUAAUCGACCAUUUUGAUCCAGAUGAUGUUCUUUCAAAAACGUACGAUGAUAUCACCAAGUUUCUUACUGAUUACUACAAGCCAACGACUAAUUACCUCUCUGAACGUGUCAACUUCGGUAUGUGUGUACGUAGUGAUAAACAAACACUAACACAGUUCCUAGAGGAGCUUCGUAGUAAAGCAGUACAUUGUUCGUUUAAAAGUACUCUUGAUGAACGUCUUCGUGACCAGUUUCUACUUGGUAUCAACAAUUCGGCGAUGCGUGAAAAACUCUACACUGAACACCCUAAUGCCGAUGCCAAGCUCGCGGAUGUUUUCAAAACAGCAGUGAGUCUCGAAUCAGCGCAACAACAACGAUCUACGCUCGAUACAACGAACAACGGCAUCUCGAACAGUGGUGAAACAAAUUCGAUAAACAAGGUACGUCCAUUUCAUAACAAUAACAAGCCUUCGAAUGAUAAACGUACUGAUAUUUCGAAGCAAACGAUCGAUGCGGCGAAACAAUGUUUGAAAUGUGGCCGUAAAAUACACGAAGAUAAAACACAGUGCCCUGCGUUAAAUUCAACGUGCCGUUCGUGCAAUAAUACCGGUCAUUGGGAUUCCGUUUGUAUUAAAACUGGCAAAUUCAAAGUGAUCAACAACAAGCCGAAACGGUGGUACAAAGGCAAUAAGGACAAAAAAUCUUCGGGCUCGUCAGUUAACGAGGUAACCUUACAUAAUAUUGAUCAGGUCGAAUCGCCUGGUAAAAAAUUGAUGAUCGAUGUCAAUAUCAACGGAAUUACAUGCGCGAUGGAAUACGACAGUGCAGCAGCGGUAUCUACAAUCGGCGAAUCAGUAUGGAAGCGCAUCGGUAAUCCAGCACUGAAAGAAGCCAAACAAAUGUCCGCUUACACAGGCAUUCCGUUGGUUACGUUAGGCGCAGCUUCAGUUACGGUUUCUGUUAACGGUAUUACAGAACAGAUGACGGUGUAUGUUAUCAAAGGCGAAGCUACGGCGCUGUUUGGCAUUGAUUGGAUGAAACCAUUUAAACUGAUGCCCAAACAUAAUUUAUUACGUUUGGAAUCUAUCAAUCGCAUCAGUCAUUCAAUCAGCGACGAUCUUGCUCAACCUCCGAGCAUCGAAGACCUCAUGAAACAAUAUCCGAACCUGUUUUCGAACGAAUUUCGAAAAAUUACGAAUUUUAAAGCGCAUAUCAAGCUGAAACAGAAUGCAGCUCCGAUCAUCGCUCGUGCGCGUCUCGUUCCUUUCGCAAUCAAGCCAAAAGUGGAGGCAGAAUUAGACAGAAUGGUCAAAUGCGGUAUGAUUGAACCAAUCGAUCCUGCGAAAACUCCUAUCACAUGGGCAUCUCCAGUUGUUAUCAAGGAGAAGAAAAAUGGCAAGGUACGCGUAAUCGGCGAUUUCAAAAACACGCUCAACCCGAACAUUCACUUCGAACCGUAUCUGCUCCCCAUCGUGGAUGAAACGUUAACAAAACUCAGCGGUUAUACAACGUUCAGCGUAGCAGAUUUGAAAGACGCUUUCAUGCAGCUCCCAACUGACGAAGAAUCUCAAGCGAUUUUGGUGAUUAUUACCCACAAGGGGUACUUCAGAUAUUUAUCUCUACCUCUUGGUUUAACGGUUUCUGCGGUAAUAUUCCAAUCGUUUAUGGACAUGAUUCUUGCUGGUAUCGAAGGCGCGGCGUGGUUUCAAGAUGAUAUUGGUUUUGGCGGCAAAAACAUGGCCGAGCAUCUCAAACUAAUGCACACGAUCUUCUCACGUCUCAACGAAGUCGGUCUACGUACUCAAAAAUCGAAAGUGAAGCUGUUUCAAGACGAAAUCGUUUUCUUGGGUCAUCGUUUGAGCAAAGAAGGUGUUAAACCCGUCACAGAUCGAGUUGCAGCUCUCAAAGAUCUCCCUGCUCCGCGUAAUCAGCGCGAAUUGAAGUCGUUCCUUGGUUCAGCGAUUCAAUACAACAAGUUCGUGCCAAAUCUUCUCGAAUUAUGCGGUCCUCUCUACAGGAAGGAGAAAGAAGCGCGUUGGGCUUGGACUUCCUACGAUCAACGUCUAUACGAUCAAGUCAAGAACGCCAUUACAUCCGAUACGGUGUUAGCUCACUACAAUCCUGAACUACCUCUCAUUUUAACGACAGACGCAUCUGAAAGAGGGAUAGGAGCCAUCUUAGAACACCGGUAUCCAGACGGCACAACACGUCUCAUCUCAGCGGCAUCUCGGGUAUUAUCAGGUACUGAGCAACGUUAUUCGACAAUCGAUCGAGAAGCGCUAGCGAUCAUGUUUGGUGUUGGGAAAUUCGAAAUGUAUCUGUUUGGUCGUCAUUUCACACUCAAAACAGAUCAUAAACCUCUUCAACACAUUUUCGGUGAAAAUUCUGCCCUUCCGAAGUUAGCAGCUACACGUUUAACUCGUUGGGCAGUGGCGCUUACUGCAUUCAACUUUACGAUCGAAUAUAAACCGGGUAAACAAAAUCACACAGCAGAUAUUUUAUCUCGUUUACCAGUUGAAGCAGAGUCAAAUCUCAGUCGUUUCGAAAACAGAAACUCCGUCAACGUCAAUCAUACCAGCGUUCUCCGUGAUUCGAUCACCGAUCAGCUUACGCUUACCCAAAGAACGCUCAAAACCAGAACUAUUGAGGAUCCGAUUCUAAGUAAGGUUAUGGUGUACUGCAAGAACGGAUGGCCAGAUAAGAAGAAAUUACCAUCUGAUUCGUUCCAUACCUACUUCGAGAAACGCGACGAAAUCAAGCUGGAAGACGGAAUUCUAAUGUGGCAUGAUCGAAUGAUCAUACCUGAAAAAUUGCGCAACACGGUGCUAACACGUCUUCACGAAACACAUCUUGGCAGUUGUUCUAUGCGAUCAUUGGCCAAAAUCGUUAUUUGGUGGCCCAACUGCGAUCGUGAAAUCGAAGUAUUCGUUAGUAAAUGCGCAACGUGCCAACGAUAUCAACCUCAAGAACCGGAAACUCCAUUGAAUCUGUGGACAACGCCGAACAAACCAUGGUAUCGCAUCCAUAUCGACUUCACUGGCCCUUUCGACGGUAAACUCUGGCUAGUAAUUAUCGAUUCGUUUUCCAAUUGGUUGGAGAUUUUUCCGGUUCCCAGUGCGAAUUCUGCGAACGUCAUCAAAGUGCUCCGAUGUUUAAUCGCUCGUUAUGGCAUCUGUAAUCAAAUUGUCAGCGACAACGGCACUCAAUUUCGCUCCGAUGAGUUCAAAGAAUUCUGCAAAAACAACAACAUUCAGCUCAUCUUUACCACACCAUACCACAGUCGAAGUAAUGGUAAGGUGGAACGCGCGAUCCGAACGUUUAAAUGGCGCUACAAUAAGACAGCUGAUCAGAUUUCCGACUCCGAGCACCGUUUACAAGCUGUGCUGUUAGCGUAUCGAAGUACAACGCACUCAGCUACAAACCGAACGCCCGCAGAACUCUUCCUAGGCAGACAGAUAACUUCAUCACUCGAACUCCUCAAACCAAAGGCAGAGAACAGCUCUUACAAGGAGAAAAUGAAGGCCUACGCAGACAAGGGGCGCAAGGAAAGAGUGUUCGAACCUGGCGAGGAAGUCUGGUACAAGACCAAAAACGACUCUACGUGGCAGCCUGUAAUAAUCGAUAAAGCGACAGGUCCGUCAUCGUAUACUGUAAAUUCGAAGGACAAACGACAAAUCCGUGCGCAUAGCGAUCAAUUGCGCCGAAGUCAACGAGAAACUCGAAAACCUCAGAAACUUGAUCUUUAA